UAAGAUGGCUGAUUCUGCUGUUAGUGUACAGGUGGCUUUAAGGAUAAGGCCUUUAGUGGAAACCGAAAUUUCUAAAGGAUAUGUUAAAUGUCUCGAAACAGUGCCAAAUGAACCUCAAGUUUUAAUAAAAGAUCUUUCGUUUACUUACAACCAUGUAUUUCCACCAGAAGUUUCGCAAGCCGAAUUUUAUGACACUGCUGUUAAGGGUUUAGUUGAUGGAUUGUUUAAGGGCUACAAUGUGACAAUAUUAGCUUAUGGUCAGACUGGCUCUGGAAAAACUCAUUCCAUGGGCACGGCUUAUUCAGGUGGGCCAGUCGAGGAGAUGGGUGUUAUACCAAGAGCAGUAAAAGACAUUUUUCAAAAAAUUUCAACUCUGAAGGAACAAUAUGAUUUUGGAUUACAAGUAUCAUUUAUGGAAUUAUAUCAAGAACAAUUAUUUGAUCUUUUAUCAAAAUCAAAUAGAGAUCAAAGUAUAGUUGAUAUCAGAGAAGAUCAACAAAAAGGAAUUGUAAUUCCUGGAUUAACCGAAAUUAAAGUAUUUAAUGCAAAAGAUACAUUAGAUUGUUUAGUUAGAGGAUCUCAUCGCAGAGCUGUAGGUGCAACUGCUAUGAAUAGUCAAUCCAGUAGAAGCCAUGCAAUAUUCACUAUCCAUAUACAACAGCAAAAAAUCAGUGAUGAUCUAACAAGUUGCAAGUUCCAUUUGGUAGACUUGGCAGGAUCUGAAAGAGCAAAUAAAACUAAAGCAACUGGUAAUCGCUUCCGAGAAGGUGUAAAAAUUAAUGAAGGAUUGUUAGCUCUGGGUAAUGUCAUAUCAAGAUUAGGCGAGGGCUGUACGGGUUUCAUAGGUUAUCGUGACAGCAAAUUAACAAGACUACUUCAAGAUUCGCUUGGGGGCAAUUCUGUUACUUUGAUGAUAGCUUGUGUAAGCCCAGCAGACUAUAAUUUAGAAGAAACAAUUAGCACAUUACGAUAUGCAGAUAGAGCAAGAAAAAUAAAAAACAAACCAGUUGUAAAUCAAGAUCCAAAGGCUGCUGAAAUUAUAAGAUUGAAAAACACUAUUCAGCAAUUGCGAAUGGAAUUAUUAGGAAAGGGCACUAUACAUGAAAAUGGAGAUGGCGACAACAAAAAUGAACUUGUACUGAAAUUGAGACAAGAGAUAAAGGAGUUAAGAUUCAAAAAUAAUAAUUUAUUGAAAGCAUUAGAUUCAUCAGUAAUGGAGAUUGCAUGCUUGAAUGAGAAAGUAAUAUUAAAUGAAGCAUCAAAUGAACGAAUGACUCAUAAAUUGACGGAGAUGCGAGCAAUUUUUGAUGAAACUAAGGGAGAGUUAAGCACAAGUGAAAACUCAUCUAAUAAUAGUACUUUACAUAGAAUUAAAGAAAAAAUAGAUGAAAUGCAGAAAGAACUAAAAAAAGUUUCUACUGAUAUUUUGGACCAUGAUAUUGAAAAAAGACCUGUAUCAGAAGUGUCCAGUAAAUGUAGUGGUAUUCAAGAAGAUCUUCACUUAGAAUCAUCUGAAAGCAUUACUGAUCUUGAUGUAGAGGAACAACAAGAUAACCAUUUAUCUCAGCAGGCAGCUUUGACAACAGAGCUCCAACAAUUAAAUAAGGAAUUGGCUUGGAAGCAAACAUUAGUUGCACAAGUUGCACAAAAUCAUAUGAAUUUAGCUGAAUAUCAAGUAAAUAUAAGAGAAAAUGAAGAUGUCAUAAUUAAACUUCAGAAGGAGAGGGACGAGCUAAUGAUGCAAAUAAGAAAUAUGCAAAGUAAUGCUUCGUCCAAAUUGGCUGAAGAGAGAAGGAAACGUGUGCAGGCUUUAGAAACCGAGAUUGCAGAACUUCAGAAAAAAUUGAUACAACAGAAUAGAUUGCUAAAACUAAAAAGAAAAAAAUGAUCAACGUAUAGCAACUUUAAAUAGUGAAAUCCAACAAAUCAAGGCCAGCAAAGUAAAAUUGAUAAGGACUAUGCGUGCAGAAUCAGAAAGCUUUAGAAAUUGGAAAAUUACACGGGAUCGUGAAAUGGCAAAA